CAGAUCAAACAAGUUAUUGGUAAUCGUCUCUAGAAGGAAGUACUCAAGAAGCAAUUUCUAAGAAAUCUAAACCAGUAUAUGAUGUGACUGUUAGUAGAAAUCAAACAGAACUUCUUCAGUGUGUUUUAGAAGAAUAAAAUGGCCACAGCUUCAGUGAGUAACACACCAGAAUGUUCUAUUUGUUGUGAAGGUUUUAAAAAGCCAAAAAUUUUACAAUGCGGUCAUACUUUUUGUCUGGGCUGCAUUGAGACAUAUAUUGGUGAUAAAACAGAAACAUUCCCCUGUCCGAUCUGUCAGCAGGAUGUUAAGAUUCCAGAAGGUGGUGUUAAGAUGUUUAUUUCCAAUUUUGUUGUUGAACCGUCACCACGAACAACACAAGUUACAACAUCACCCACAACACAUGUUACUAGUACAACAUCACCUACAACACAUCUAACAGACAAAACCUCUUCAAAGGUAAAAUAUCACUGUCCACGUCAUAGAGAGAGACCAAUAGACUACUAUUGUCUAACUUGUCACUGUGUUUUAUGUCAUAUAUGUUUUCUGAAAGAACACAACGGUCACGAGUAUUUAGAUGUAGAAUGUGAAACUGUGAAAGAAAAAGCUACAGAGCUAGUUUUAACCUCAGAGAAAUUCAUCCAAAAUAAAACCAAAGACUUGGAAGAAACUCAUGUGGUGUUAGUAGAAGCGAGAGAGACACUCCAGCGUUUUACUGAAGAUGCUUGUAGCAGAAUAACCAAACAAACUGAUAAAAUUAUAGCAGAUAUAAAGGCUAGCAGUGAGAGAAUCAUGACAGACGUCAAAAAUAAGUCUAAAGAAUC